AUAAGUGGAAUGGAAGAGCGAAGCGACAUUGGGAACGGUAGGUAAUGGCUGCAUCAAAAUUAACCUUCAAUUUUCUUCUGCUCAAUUUCCUUGCCAGCCUUCGCAUCCCAGAAAUCUCCCUAUGUGAUCGCUCUAGACAGCCAAAAAGACAUGUUGCUAUGUUCAUAUUUGGAGAUUCAAUCUUUGAUGCUGGAAACGAUAACUAUAUCAAUCUCAGCGUUUCGGAUAGAGCAAAUUAUUGGCCAUAUGGAGAAACCUUCUUCCACUUUCCUACUGGGAGAUUCACCGAUGGCCGUCUCAUUGUCGACCUCAUCGCAACAAAGAUAGGUCAACCGUUCGUCCCCCCAUAUUUACAACCUGGUAUUAAUUUCACUAAUGGAGUAAAUUUCGCAAGUGGUGGAGCUGGUGUCUUUUAUGAAACUGAUCCUAAAGUGAUUAGUCUUGGCAUGCAACUUAGCAACUUCAAGAACGUGGCCAUUUCGAUGGAGGAGCAGAUUGGGGACAAAGAGGCAAAGAAACUGCUGAGCCAAGCAGUCUAUGCGACUUCUGUUGGAGCCAAUGAUUACUCUUAUUUUGUUGAUAAUUACCCUAAUGCUACUCAGCUGGAGCGAGAUGAAUUUGUGAACAAUAUGGUGGGUAACGUGACAGAUUUUGUAAAGGAAUUGUACAAUUUUGGUGCAAGGAAAUUUGCUAUUUUAAACGUAGGGCCAAGAGGUUGCCAACCAGCCGUAAGACAAAGCGAAGAACUCCGUGGUGAUGGAUGUGAAGAAGUAUCAUUACAGAUGAUAAAGAAGCAUAACAGUGCUACAUCUAAAGCCAUCAAGGAAUUGGAAAGUAAACUAUCAGGAUUCAAAUACUCAAUUCUAGACUUCUAUACCAUCCUUUUGGAUAUGAUAAAGCACCCAAAGGAUUACGGAUUCAAGGAAUCAAGAUAUUCUUGUUGUGGCUAUGGAAUGUAUAACGCAGCACAUUGUGGAAUAGAGCCAUAUACACUAUGCAAAAAUCCAAGUGAAUAUCUAUUCUUCGAUGGAUGGCAUCCUACUGAGCAUGGUUAUUGGAUUCUAGCUGAUCUGUUUUGGAAUGGCAAACCAAGUAUCGCAGUCCCAUAUAAUUUAAGACAACUAUUUGAUCUUGAAUCUACACCCAUCAUUUUAUCAGAAGAAUAUGAAGUUCCUCAUGAUGAAUAAUUUUCCUUAUAUAUAUAUAUUUGUGAGCAGUGUGUUUAAGGUUAACUGUUUUAUUAUAUAGAUCUAUUAAUAGUGAAAAUUGGAAAAUGAAACACAAAAUCCUUGUAUUUAUAGUCAAACCAUUCUCCAUGUUACACUAACCAAUUUUGCUUCUCCUUCCACUGUCUCCUCUUAAUUGCUCUAACUCAAAGCCCUAGAAAUAAACAUAGUCUCUCUUCCCAUUCUUACUACUUACCCUUGGAAAUAAACAUUGUCUCUCUUCCCUUUCUUACUACUUAGCUUCACACCCAUACACACACAGACACUCCUUGUUUGUUUAUCUUAAUUUCUCUGUAGAUUCACAGGAAAAGAUGGCGAAUAACACAGCAAAAAUGUGGUAAACAUGAAAGAAAAAGAAAAUAAAAAUUAACCAAGCAAACAAUAUCAUUGCGAUG